CUGAAUCCCCCACAGCACCUGACUCUCCACAGCUCCUAUCACCGGCAUUUACCUGCGCUGGAAUUACAUCGAGUUGCUAGACAACUGCAGCCAGCGAUUGGUUGAGGGCGGGACUACAAUAGAGUUACGUCUAUAGGCAUCAAGAAGUGGACAUGAAGCAGCUUGUCGCCGAGUUUCGUUUAUUCUGAACGGUUAGCAAACCCAGACAUCUCAGAAAAAGGAUUACACACAGUUACCAGAAUGACUUUGACUGAGCAUAUUGCACAGCCCAGUCCCCAGGUGCUCUUAGUGGGUGAGAAGGACAGCAAGCGGCUCCUGGAGACGUAUGUGAAGAGAAGCCUGAGCCUUAAUGAUGGAGCACAGUCUCCACGUUACCGAGAGCGCCGGACACACAAGUGGGUCACUCUUGCUGAGAGAGAUAAGAGGAAUCAUAAACAUUCUAGCGACACUUCCAUUCACCUUAAUGCCUCCGAUGCAGUGGUGGACCUUAGUAAAAUGGAGAACGAAGCAUUCUCUGAGCCAGAAACCAAGAGCAAGCUCCAGGCAACAGGAGAUAACCCUGAGAUCAAAUCUAAACCGUGGAAGAAAAGAGGCACUCUCAGUAGAAAUGAUGGAUCCAAUGCAUCUCACAAAUCUGAUGGGAGGCCCAAGAAGUGGUUUUUACACUUUGAUAAAGACAAGCGAGAUGGUAAACAACCAAAUAAAGCCUAUAAACAAGAGAUCAAGGAUGAAGCUUUACCACAGGUACCUCUAGCUGACCAACUGGAAAGCUCAACAGAGGAAAAGAAACCCAAAGAGACCAAGAAGAGUAAGAAAUCCUCAGUAUGGAAGAGUGUAAUGGGGUGGUUCUCUAGAGGGAAUAGUGACAAACAGGAGGAGCAAGACGGAGAGGACAUGAGACCUGAAGGAGCCCUCACUCCUCCAGAGGCUUCAAGUCCCUCAACCUCCUGCCUACCUUUACCUGAUGUUCUCAGCAGUGGUGAUGCCAUCAGCUUGCGUCGUAGAUCAUUUAGAAGAAGGCGGUCCCAGAGGAGGUUAUCACUGAAGAGAUACAGCAGGGACAUGGGACAAGAUAAAGCCACUGGGAGACCAUUAACUCUAGAGCUAUGUUCUGAUACCAUGGUGAAAUCAAUCGAGGAGGUUGAGCCUACUAGUGCUUAUUAUGAGAAAAUGUCAGAGGAGCUACAGAAGAUUGUACAUGAGGUGAAAAAUAGUCCAUCAGAGGACAACAGAACUAUCCUUGAUGCAGUUCAACCUACGGACAUAAAUGGCUUACCCAUUACUCAAGAGGAAGUUAUUGAGAGGAUCAUUACGUUGAUAAAGCAAAACGGGGAUGUCAUAGAUUCCAAGCUGAAGGAAAAUCCCGCCAUUAGCUCCUACUUCAUGAAGCUCUCCUAUGGCUCCUUCCAGCAAUUGGCAGAUCAGUAUGUACUGAGUACUGAGGUCCCCAAGCAACCUCCUGUGGCAGCUCCAGAGCUGGUGAAGUUUGCGUUUACGUUGGACUUCACAGCCCGAGUGGCCGGGCUCUCUCGCCAUGCUCCCGGGCACAUCCUUGGUUUUGGGAACCAGUACCUAAAGGAUCGGUUCAGUCAUACAAGCGAGAGCCAUCCUCACAUCACUGACAUAAUAUCAGAGAAAGAGAAGAAGAGCUCUGACAAAGGAGAAUGAAGCCAUAAUGUGAAGAAGAACUGACAUCAGGUUGCAUUUCAUGACCUCAUCAGAGGAUUGGAAAGCCUCCAGGGGGUGGUGGAAAAUCGUCAUGAUGUCAUCUGAGCUUUAACCUCAUAGAAAUAUUUAUCUAGAUGAAGGCUGUGAGAGAAAGCUGUAAAGCUUAAUAAUUACAGAUGUCAUAUUACUAUAUUAACCAUAUCACAUACUACUUAGUGUGUACUAUUUUAUGAGAUAUGCAGUGCCACUUUGUGAGUUGUGAUGAUUGCAAGGGUUUUUGCUAUCAGAGGCAGGACACAACACAAAAUGUCCAUUGUUCCGUGAGCAAUAGCCAAGAAGUAGGAAAAACAACAUAAUUGUAUGUAGCUGUAUAUAAGUAUAUACUUUUACAUUUGCCACAACCAAAAACAUAUCACUGCUGUCAGAAGAAAAUCUCAAAUCUAAGUUUUUGCCGUUUUUCAGUUUUUGGGAUAAUUUUAAAAUGCCUUUUGCCCUUUAUAAAGUGUGGUAAUAGUAAAUUUCAUGAAGACUGGACCAAAAGAAGUUGCCCAGAAUUACUUGGAAAAAAGUCUGGUUCCAUUGACGUACAUUAAAGGAAAGUAUGUUGUUUCCUUUUCCAUUUUGAAGAUACAAGGUUUUCUUCCGACAACAGUGUUAUGUAAAAGUAGGCAGUAAAAGCUUUACCUCACAGCCAAGGAAUUGACUGUAAAGCAAUACCAUGACUUCAAAUUGUACCUGUCAUGCAAGUUUUUCAGCAGAUACCUAAUAGGUUAUUUAUAGGUUAACUCACUGGAAUGUGCCAAAGGUCUCACUAACAUUUAAAGGGGAAUUCCACCUUUUUUCAAUCACUGCAUUAUUCAGCCUGACUGCAAAAUGACACUGUCAAGAAACUUCCUGACUCAAAUUUCUUUACAGUGGCAGUGAGAGAAAAUAAAGGAUGUCCACAUCACAAAUAUAGACAUUUACGAUUUAAAAUGACAAGGCAACCUACAUAUCUUCUGAGUUUUAUGUAAUGUUGACAUGGUAAAAUACAAGUAACUAUGAAAAAAAGUAUUCUUUGGGUACCACCUUUCCUUAAAAUACCUUGCAUGUACCUCUCCAUGAUGAAUGCACUUAAAAUUUAAUAUGUUUUAGGUCAAAAACCUUAUCCCCAAUCAACAUGGCAAACAUCAGGAAGACUUUCUGUAAGGUAGUUUUUAGCGGCGUUAAACACUUCAGAUAUCUGGUUCCUAUCCUAGCAUGUUUCUCUAGAAUAGAGCAUUUCACAUCAGUCCACUCUGAAUGACUUUGUGUACAUCCUUAAUCUUAUUUAAUUAUGCAUAUAUUUCGAAAAAUCGAUGGAGUUCCCCAGGAAGCAUCUGAUAAUACUUGUACUGAAAGAACAAAAUUAUUUAAUGCUGUUUAAUGUUAGCACUUAAGCUCUUUAUAUAUACCCUAUGUACUCUGUGUGUAUGCCGGCGUACACAUGAUUUAGCUAUAAAGAAAGA